AUGGGACCCGAGGUGGACUUCUCGCCGCCGCUGCCGCCCCCGGAGCCCGCGCUGUCGCCCGAGCCGGAGAUCCUCGCCCCCGACCACCAGAGCUGGAAGGCGGAGAUGAUGUCGGCGCUGGGGGAGUCGGUGUCGUUCGGGCGGUUCCUCGCCGAGCCGCUCGAGUGGGGGAAGUGGUCGGCGUUCGAGCACAACCGCUACCUCGAGGAGGCGGCGCGCCAGUCGCGCCCGGGCUCCGUCGCGCAGAAGAAGGCCUUCUUCGAGGCGCGCUACGCCCGGAGGAAGCGCAAGAGCGACGAGGACGACGACGGCGCCGCCGCAGCCGGAAGCAGCAGCGACGUUGAGCCCGACGAGGCGGGUGCCGGCGCCGCUGCCACUGCUGCUGAGUCGUCACCGGGCUCUUCCUCGUCGUGCAUGACGAACGAGCCCGCCGCCGCGGGGGAUGCGAGCUGUUUCGUCGGUUCGGGUGAUGCUGGCUGUGGCGGCGGCGUUGUCGCCGCUCGCCCGGUGGAUGCGCCGGAGGAGGGGCUCCACGACGUCAACGAUGGGGUUGGUUCCUGCAGAGUGGAUGAAGUGCAUCACAAGCAGGAUGAUGUCCAUGUUGGUGAAUCGAGAGACGUGUUACUGCCGCUGGAGAAGCAGGAUGGUUCUAGUCAGGAUCCUUGUUCUGACAAUUCUGUGGCCAUUGAUGCAGAUGACAAGCAGCCAUUGAAGGAGAGUUCCAUUGUUAAUCAGGGAAGCGCGGAGUCUGUAAAGAGACGACGGCUUCCGUCGCUGCUUCAGAAACCGGCCAAAUUCAGCUCUCCUCCCUCUGGUAGCAAAGGGCCUGCGUCAUCGGUGAAAAGACGGUCACGGCUGCAUUCAGCAAAGGAGAACAGCUCACCUCCUAACAAGGAAAGUAACCAGCAAGCGACAAGUUCAGUCUCUCAAAAUCGGUCGAUCUUGGAAGCGUUCCAGAAGUCAAAGAACCUUGCUACGCGCGAAACAGGCAGUGCUGCCUCGAGCUCAAAAAAUCUUGGUUCCUCAAUUGCUGCCAGGAUUAGUCAGCUGGAAUCUGUAACCGGGCCUGUGAAACACGCUGAUUCAGCAGUGAGCCAAGUCAAACCACCAAGAGAGGCAUCUUUAAAGGAUGUGCUGGAAAUUGCCUCAAGUUCAACCCAGCUGGAAGAACAAAGGUCUUCUCAUGUAACAAGGGUGAAAGAGAAGUUAUUUGGUUUUACCUCACAAUCGGUGCAUCAGAAAGCCAAUAUGCGUAAAGAGAAGGGAAAACCCCAAAAUGAAAGCUUCAAGGCUCGGCCACUGCCAAAUUUUUAUCGUAAAAAUAAGCAAGCAAAGGAUUCAAGUCACCAGAGCUCACUUGAUAUCAACAGUCAUGCACACGCAACAAGCAAAGAAGCAUCCAAAGACAAACAAAUAUGUUGCUUUCCACUCAGAAGGCUGGGUUAGAUUAUAUGAGUUCCUUUAUCUGUCUCCAGCGAUUUUAGGGCUUCUAGUAAAUAAUAGCUUAUUCAUUUUAUUCUUAUCUUUUUGUACCGUGUUGCUUUAGUAGUACUUCCGAUGUGUAUUGAUGUUGUCAGUUAUGUUUGCCCUUCCAAUCUUUAUUAGAGGAUGUAAUUCUCAAUCCAUCUAAUUCUCAAGUAAGGCUUUCUGAUUGUAAUUGGGACUAGCAUUUUCUAGCUUGGAAAAUAAAGCAGAGGUGUUGUUGAGCA